UACUUAUUAUUAUUAUUAUCCGCGCUAGCCAGAUGGCACUGGCAGGGAAAAGCUGGACAAGUGGUAGCAGGACUAAUGAGACGGUACAGCAGCUGGCUGGACUUAAUUUUAUCAUUCAUCUCUGCCAGCCGGUGCUGCUGACCCAUUACUAGAAGGCCGGGAUCUUUCCCCUCGCAGAGUUAGUGUCAGGCGUUUUUGUGCCAGUUUGGAACACUUCUUUGUUUGGUGUGAGUAUUCUGGGGCCAUACAGACCCGCAUUCACCGACACCCCAGCCGCCAAGCAGCGCACUCAGCUGAUGUGUAUCCUCGCUGAACGGGACGAACAAUAGCAUGCUGGGAAAAUAGCCUGCUGGAACUCUCCGCUCUCUUGUCCCUACACUUGCUCACCCGAUCAGGCACAAUGGGCGCUUUAAAGAUCUGGGAGCAUCUUCAGGCAGGCAGCUCAGAAGUGGACUGGUGCGAGGACAAUUACACCAUAGUGUCUUCAAUUGCCGAGUUCUACAAUACGAUCAGCAACAUUUUAUUUUUUGUGUUACCGCCCAUAUGCAUGUGUCUGUUCCGUCAGUACGCAACCUGCUUCAACAGUGGGAUAUAUUUAAUAUGGACUCUGCUGGUUGUUGUCGGUAUUGGGUCAGUGUAUUUCCAUGCAACCCUCAGCUUUCUCGGGCAGAUGCUGGAUGAGUUGGCUAUCCUGUGGGUGCUAAUGUCUGCGUUGGCCAUGUGGUUCCCUAAAAGACACUUGCCAAGGGUAUUUCGAAAUGACAGGUGGAGGUUUAAAGCAGUUGUUGGGGUGAUUUCGGGAGUCACCACAGCCCUAGCGUUUAUCAAGCCUGCCAUUAACAGCAUAUCUCUGAUGAUUCUUGGGAUACCUUGUACAGUCUUACUCAUUGCUGAGCUCAAGAGAUGUGACAACAUGCGGGUUUUUAAGCUUGGAGUGAUGUCUGGGUUUUGGUGGACGCUGGCGUUGGCCUGUUGGAUCAGUGACAAAGCUUUUUGUGAAAUAUGGUCCUCUUUCAACUUUCCCUACCUCCACUGUGUAUGGCACAUCCUUAUCUGCCUGGCUGCUUAUCUCGGCUGUGUCUGCUUCGCUUACUUUCAUGCCGCAUCUGAAAUCCCAGAACAGGGACCUGCCAUCAAAUUUUGGCCUAGUGAAAAGUGGGCCUUCAUUGGAGUACCUUAUGUCACUUUACUCUGUGCAAACAAGAAAUCGCCCAUUAAAAUUACAUGAAUGCUGGCAAAGAGAUCAGACGGUAAUCUACGCAUUCACCUGAACAGACUCAUGUUGGGAUUUUCCCCUAUAAAUCCUAUAAAUAAGAGCUGGUGACAAUGAAUUCUUCAUCCUCCCAGUGAAUCCUUCUACACAGCAGUGCUGCAACUGCCAUCAAAUAAUAUUUAUUUACAAGUAUUCUGUUUGUUGUUUGUACAUGGUCUAUGAUGGUAGUACAUUUACCUUCACAUUAUUAUUAUUAUUACAUUUAUUUGUCCAUAGCAAAUCCCUGGAGGUAUUUUGGAUUGAGCAUGGCAAGUACAUUUAGAGGGUUAUUUAUUAAACUUCAAAUUUUUUUGGACAGGCUUUUAAUGGCAAAACUCAAAUUUUUCUAGGAAACAAAAUACUUUUUCGAGAUUUAUAAAACCCCGAUGCUGCAAAAAGCCCAAAUCCAAAAAUCUGCCGUUUCAGACCUGUUGAGGUCCUGUAUAAGUCAAUGGGAGAGGCACCUAUCGCAAAAUUAAUUUAUCAUGGUCUUCGGUGGGUUUAGCCCGAAAAUCCAGGGUUUUCAAGCAAAAACUGGAAAAAAUUUAGUGAAUUUCCGGUUUUCACUCGAUUUUAUCAAGUUUUUCUGCGAGCUGAAUUAAUUCUGGUUAUUUUAUGAAUGAAUAAGGUCAAAUCAAGCAUGGGCUUUGGGCGUGGUUUUUUUUAAUAAAAUAUGAGAUAAAUUCAGAUUUUAGUAAAUCAACCCCUUAAUAAGGCUGCCUUUUGCAACUAAGUCUAAUUUGAAUGACAGACUCUGAUGGUGCUUGAAGUUCAUGGAAAAUCACCCGACAAAAGGACAAUUUUUACAUUCUUUCUAUUGCUGUAUUUCAUUUGAAAAUAUGUAUUAAAUUUUACCAAUAAGAAAAGGAUGAAGAGUCAGUAUAUUGAGUUUCCUUUAUUGAACAUUUAUAUUUAUAUACUUUGUAUUUAAAAUGUUAAAUAGGGUUAAUACAACUUUGUUUUCUUUUCUUUUUUGAAACGGUGUAAUAGACAAAUGAAAAUCUAUUUUAGUCAAGCAUUUAAGUGCAAAUUGCUCUUAUUUCUCUUACGAAAAGCUAUUAUAUAAAAUAAUAUGUUAAAUUCA